AUGGAUAAGGGUAAAAGUUUUGGUUUUAAUGGUCGACAAUCCUUACUGGCGCAAUCGAAUUUAAAAACACCUACUCGUCAAAGAUUUUCAGCAGCGCAAACAGCAGAGUCGAAAAAAGAAGGCAGGUUCUCAUUGAGCGGAGUUAAUGGAGGAAAUGGAAACAGGCGAUUGUCUUUAUUCAAAACCCAAACAGCGGCUCCACGAGUUGAUACUAGUGACAAGUUAAAACAACAAGGCUAUAUCAGGAAAAUCGUCGAAUACAUCACCGAUUUGGAGGGGGAAGGUAUUGCUACUCCAGCCAAUGUUGCUCGUCCAACAAUGACUGACUUCAUUAAGUUCGUGAACUUGAUAUAUGAAGAUCUAAGUCCAGAUUAUACCCUAGAGGGUAAGAAGAUAGUUGAAGAGGUCCCCCGCUUUUUCGCUGCUCUUGGGUAUCCUUACCCUAUCAAGCAUAGUUAUUUACAACCAAUUGGCGCUGCUCACAACUGGCAUUAUCUUCUUCAUGCCUUGUGCUGGAUGAUUGAUCUGAACAAAUUAGUGGAAAGUGUACAUAGUGUUGAAGGUAUUAUUUUGAGUAAUGAUGCCACGGAUUGUAAUACUGCUGCUAUUCGUUACUCUUGGUUCCAGUCUAUGUUUGGAGAACACUUAGCGUCUAAAGGUGAUGAAUCCGUUACAAGAGGAGCCAUUUCGAGAUUAAAAGAUUUUUUUGAGAACCAGGAAAAUUAUAGAGAGCGUUUGGAUAUGAUGAUGGAAGAGUGGAAUAACUUGAAGAAAGAAAACAACGAAUAUGAUAAUGAGAAAGAAGACGGAUUAGAUCUAGAGCAGGAGAUUGGCAACCUCAUAGAGGAUGUGCACAAAGCGAAGAGAUCAUGUGACAAUUUAAAAAACGAUUAUGAAAACUUGGAAAGAGUAGUGGCAUCUGUGAAACAUUCUGUCGACGGAGUAAAAUCUGAAGCAUCCGAGCUUCUCAAGUGUUUACAAGAUAAAAAGGAAGAAUUAAUGCUUAUAGAAAAAAAAACCGGCAUAAAUACUGAAGAAGUUCUUCGAAUGAAAACGGAAAUGGAAACCAAUAACCAAGUUCAUAAGCAGAUGAGAGAAGAGUUAGGUCGCUGUGGAGCCGAAAUAUAUGGUUUCCAAUCGCAAUACGCUCAAGGUUUUUCACAAUUGCUGUCUCGAUUGACAGAUUUCAUCUGGAAGCUGAAUGAUUUUCAACGUAAAACCUCGGAGAACAUGGAUGAAAUUGACAUCGCUCCCAAUUCUUUAGAAGAAUUGCAGCAUUUUGUCACCAAGGAGCUACGCGGAAUCAUUACUAGGGUAUAUAUUUCCAUGGAUGAUAUGAAAAACAAGAGAAUCGCAGAUAUUGAAACUAUUAAAAGCCAGAUAGCAACCCUUGAAGCCCAAUUGGAAGAAGAGAACGAAAAAGAGGCUGAUGUCAGGAGGAUAUUAAAACGGAAGCAGAUUAACAAAGAGAGAUGUAUUGAGGAUAGAGCCAAAGAGAGACAAUAUAUUUAUUCUAAAAUUGUUGAAUGUGAAAACGAAAAAGAAACUCUUGAAAACAUCUUUCGGAACGCUACAGGAGUCUGCUUGAAAUUAGAAGAUUCCUCAAGAGAGUUGGAACGAAUGAAGGAGUGUGCGAGAGUGUUCAAACUAACUUUUGAAGAUACGAUGAUAACGAAUACCCAGAAAGUAACAUCCGUUCUCGAAGCACAACAGGAAGUCACGAACACUUGCGAGAAAAGGAUGUGGGAUAUCUGUGAAUACUUUAAUCAAAUUAUGAAGAGCCUCUCUUAUGGAGAACCUUUAUGA